GGAGGCAUUUUGCCCAGGAGCUAAUGGCUAGUUCAGAUAUACAGUAUUGUAGACCCUUAAAUUCUCAGUCAUGCUUGCUUAUCACUGCCCAAAUACACACACACACACACACACACACACACACACACACACACACACAGUACACACACAUGCACAGGUAGUUGCCUAGUGCACAGUUUUCACCCUUAUUUGUAUUCUUUGUGUGGGCAACGUGUGACCAAAGUUCAGCAGAAACAGAUGGAAAAGGAGUGAGAGGUAAUAACAGUCGAAAUGUACUUCAGUUUGUGCACCACAGAAAUAAUCUUUCCAAGAGAAAAAAUAUCUUGCUUAUUUAAUGUUCCUGAUCAUGAGAUGAUUCUAAAACAAAUAUCAGAUUAUUAAGCCUAUUUCUAGACAUUAUUGCGAAAGUUUUGUCUCAGAAUAGUCCUAAUAAUCGUACAUUUGUUUUAUAAUAAUCUCAUGAUGAAAAUAUUGAAUAUAUUUGCCAUCUUUGAGGUAUUUACACUUCGCUAACAUAUUUUCUACUCUACAGUGUGUGUGUGUGUGUGUGUGUGUGUGUGUGUGUGUGUGUGUGUGCAUUCUAUCGUCUGCAAAAAACACUGUGUGCAGUUCUGUUUAUCAAUUCCUAACAGUACUGGUGUGUUUUCCUGUGUGAGUGUGAGUGUUCGAGUAUGCAAUUUUCACAUCCAUGUUAUCCUGCAUACUGUCAGAGUUUGCCCUGCCUUGGCAAUUUCAAAUUUAGCAACACACACACACACACACAUACACAUACACACAAACUGUAGUAUCAAACACUUCCUACAUGAUGUCCAGUAACCAUCGUACAUGGCUCAUAGAUGAAUGUAGCAGUAUGAGUUCUUAUUCUCUUCUUUUCACUCUCGCUUGCUUUUGUGAAUGUUUCAUCAUUCCAUCUAUAGCGCAAAGAGUUAAUGCCUGGAGUGAUGUGAUCGUGGUGAAAGAAGGCGCAGACGUCACCCUGCGCUGCUCUGAGGAACUCCACGUAAUCCCCAGGCAGGUCAAAUGCAUGAUGAUGCCAGCCGAGGGGACACCAUGGACGAUGCUGUUCUCAGUGAACAUUAGCAGAGGAAAAGUGGACAGGGAGAAAAUCAUACACCAUCAGGCAGGCAGAAUUCUGGAGAUAUCUGAUCAUGUCUUCUUGCGAUUUACCGCCACAAUGCAUAGUGUAGGACGCUACUCUUGCCUGCUGAACAAGGGGGACAGGACGUUCAAAGAGAGGAUUGUUCUUCUGGCUAUUAUUAAAUUGUCCUUAGCUCCAGCUACUGUCAUUCCCAUCGACAGUACUGCGAGGCUGAAAGCUGAAGUAUCUCCCUCCUACGCCGUAGCGGGUGGGACAUGGCUCUCACGCACCGGUUCCCCGUUACUCACGGACGUGUCCUCGGCAGGCACCCUGCUCACCAAACUGCCCCGUGUCACCUCCAGAGACAGCGGCACGUACACCUGCAACAUUACCGUGGACGGCCGAAGCAGCAAACCUGUCUACAGCUACACACUCAGUGUGACGGUGUCUGAUAAGGAAGUGGCAUGGUUCCCAAAUAUUACAUAUGGACCAUUGUACGGUCUGGCAGCUCUGUCUCUGUCAGCUGUUACACUCCCAUGCGCCGACAUCAGUGGUGACUACGUCCUGCUCUACCGGUGGCCUCCUGAUUCAAAAGACGCAAAGCCAAAGCUGAUCUUCCAGUUUGACCGGUGGAGGGAUUCCAGGACGCAGUCUGAUUUCUUUCUCGAAUUGCACAACCACUCCUCUGUGCUUUCUGGGAACUUCUCCUUCCUUCUGAGGCCGGAGUUGAAAGACGCAGGACGCUAUCAGUGCGAGGUCUUCAGGGAUGACCAAGUUUUUGGCCAGGUCACAGUACUGACUGUUUUAAAUGGCUAUAGCACACGCUCCUCUUCCUCCAUAGAGCUGAACUGUGUGUAUGCCGAGCGUUCUCAGAUAAAUUCUGUAAAAUGGUCGCACAUCCAGAGGCCUAAACUCCGGCUGCCUGCGAGUGCAGUUCUGGGUCGGAUGAUCAUCUCAAUAGAUCUCCCACUAACCCCAGAUACAGCCGGCCAGUAUGCCUGCACUCUGAAACUAAACAACGGCCAAACAAUCAGAUAUCUGUACACUGCCUUGAUGCCUUCUACAGAGCCACCUUGCUGUGUGAGUGAGCUGCCUCAUGAAUUAACCACCGUCUCUCUACUGCAGCCUACUGACGGUUACAGUCCACCUGAGCUAUCCGUUCUUCUCCAAUCUCUCUCUCUUCUCCUCUUUUUGGUACCCGUGGUUGCUGUUGCUGUCGGAGUGUUGCUAUGGAGACGAGGACCUUGCACCUUCCCUCAGAAUGUGGAGCGUACUCUGUCUCACUACUCUGGUGAAGUGGAGAACAACUAUGAAGAUCCUGAGGACCUGAGACAGGUGAUUUCUGGUAUCUACUGGUAUCACCUUUGCACAAACCAUCUCAUUCGUUCUUAUCAUUCUCAUAUUCCCUGUUUCUGUUUUCUCCCCGCAGUCACCGCCACAAAAUGCAGUAUAUAUGGUGAGUUAUCACUGCAUGUGCCUCUCAUAGACCGAUACUGAAGGAUCCGUUAAAUACGUGUAUGUUUGUGUGUCAGAGGGUUAGGGCCCGCCUUCUGCUUACUGCCGGUUGUGUAUUAGCAAUAUUAGCAGAUGAACUAGGUCAAACCUUAACAUGUCAAACAGUAAAUCGGAAUCUGCUCCUCUCUCUCUCUCUCUCUCUCUCUCUCUCUCUCUCUCUCUCUCUCUCAUGCUUCAUUUCUAACCUUCCCCUCCCCUUCAUCAUUUUCCUCUCCUCCACCU